UGACGAGAUCUCAAGAUUCGCUGCGCUCAACCUCGUUUCCAUGGAUGACUCAAUUAGCAUGCUGCCUACGCUCUUCAGGAUACGAACGAGCCUCUCAUCGCCUCUCGCACUACCGAGUUCUGUCAGUCUGCUCAGUAUGGAGCAGGCCAGACAGGCCACCAUGCUAGGAAGAGAACAUGCACGCACACACCGUCAGUGGGCGAGCCCACCUACUCAUGGUGAACUUGCGACGAUCCUCAGGAUAUCGUGCAGCCCUCUGUCCGGACGGAGGAACUGAAGCUCUCGAGCUGAAGGCGCUCAUCACGUCUUGUCGGCCUCGACGCGUGAGCCGAUGAUGGGUCAUAAUCAGCAGUUUCAGCUCGCCCUUUCACACAACUGCUACACCCGACAUCAGCACAUUCUGUAAGCGUACCUCCCCGACAAUGAAUCCGGACAACUCGACGGAUGCCCAAUCACAAAGCGCGCAUCGGGAGGGACUCAAGCUCUUGACCGCUCAUCCUCUUUCGCCUUAUCCAAGUCUCCUGUUGUCGCCUGUGUCGCCAGUCGAUAGGCCCGCGUCAGCCCCGCCAAGUCGUUCAAGUGUCAUGAGUGCCUAUGACGACUUCGUCAAGCAGCUCGCUACCGGCGAACAUCCGACUUGCUCCACACAGGAGCUGCUAUCACUAGCUCCUGUGGCGACGCAAUUUCCUCUGGCUCAAAAGAUCGAGCAAACAGUCCAAGCGCGCCAUGCUGGCACCAAGACCAAGCUACGCUCAGCUCUUACAGGCAAAAGCGGCCAAGAGCUAGAGGAGAUGAUUCUCCAGGCUUACAAAUGCAUACUUAUGCGCACAUCCGAGAUCGAAGCGUUGGCUUCCAUCGCGAAUGCUUCCCUCCGCGACUUGGGCGCUCUUCGAGCACGAUUGGAGGCAGCCACCCAGCUGCAACCGAUAGAGAACGACCGUCCCGCUCCCGCUAAUCUCGGACACGCAAGCUCAUCAAGUCCCACGCACGGCAUGUCGCAGGGCGCAUCUGUCACGCGCAUCGCGCAAAGCAAACGGCCGGCAAGCCCGGAUGGCCCAUACAAAGAGGCUGCUCAAACGCAGACGCGCCAGCACGCCACACAGAUCGUCCGCCCUAUCUCAGGCAAUAGCAUGCCUCCCAUCUUCAUCUCAAGAUCUGCCCCCUGA